ACAGGUGACGCUCGUGAGCGAGUAAUUUGACGUCACGCGCGUCCACAUCACGCCGCUCUUCUGCUUCCGGGGUGACAUAAUUUGCUUGUGGCGUGCUAGCAGGGUACGGUGAGACUUCGGUGUAGAUGCCAUGCUUAAACCGUGAACAUGGCCGACAAUCAUCUGGAAUACGCCUAUCUGCAGGGUCAGUCCAUUGGGGAGCACCUCACCGAGGAUCCCGAGCUAGCAGCCAUCAAAGCCAGAGUUCAGGAGCUGGAGAUGGAAGAAGAGACUGAACGAAUUAAGGAAGAUGGAAUAGAAGAGGAGGAUAGGUGUGAUGGUGAAAUGCAGCAGCUGCUGACCAGUAGCCCCCGGCCUGGCCCAUUCUACAACAUGACACCUGAGGAAAGGAUAGAUGCAGACAACAGGUCCAUCUAUGUCGGAAAUGUGGAUUAUGGAGCUACUGCAGAUGAGUUGGAGAUCCAUUUUAAUGGCUGUGGCCCUGUCAACCGUGUCACCAUCCUCUGCGACAGAUUCUCGGGUCAUCCAAAAGGCUUUGCUUACAUUGAGUUCUCCGAUCGCAACUCGGUACAGAGUGCCGUUGGCCUGCAUGAGACCUUGUUCAGAGGAAGAGUUCUCAAGGUGUUGCCCAAAAGGACCAACAUGCCCGGCAUCAGCACCACUGACAGGGGAGGCCACCGAGGUGGCCACUCAAGAGGCCGAGGGCGAGGCUUCCAGCCCCCCAGGGGCCAGCCUGGCACUCGAGGCAGGUUUCGCUACCAGUCCACUAGACCACAACACCAGAACCUCCACCCAUAUUAUGGAGGCCCACCGUUAGGGAAGAGACAGUGGGGCCACCUGGAUUAUCACGAACAGACAUCCAAACGCUACCCUUGUCUUCUCCUCAUCACCCCACCUUCAGAAGAGAUGGGAGCCGCAACCAGCGGACAACACUACCCCCAACAGCGCUAGUGACCCCUUUCCUCUGCUUGUGUACAAAGUAGGUGUAUGAACUGAUUUGAAACGAAAUUGGCUUCACUGCUUUGCAUCAGUUCUUUAUCAUUUUAAGCUUGUGUAAAUGCAUGAUCGGAUGGGUGACUAUCCUGUAUUCAUGCCAAUGCGUCCUACCAUUUUUACAAACUAAUGGAAGUAUUUUGUUUGUGUUCACUUGUAUAAAUCCUUUCUUUUUAACUUAUACACCCCUUUUGCUUUAUGUGAACAAAUAAAGAUAAUUGUGAUGCUUCA